UCGUGCACUCACUCGCAUCCAUCCAUCCAUCCAUCCUCGCGCGCGCACCCAGGCAGCUAUCCGAGCUCCUCCUGCGCGCCUCAGAGCGGGUCCGCCGCCACUCACUCCGCAGCCUCGGGAGUUUAUUAUUCGGUGUAAAAAGCGGUUUUUAUGUGUUUCUGAAAAGCAGCCGGUUGUGUUUUGCAGCGGUGAAUGUGGUUUCCUCGCCAGUAAGAGUGAAGUUGUGAGAGAGCGGAAUGUUUAAACCGAACUCUCAUUAGCUUUCGGUGCUAAUUCGGGUGUUUUUUUGACACACCAGUUUUUUUUUUUUAAAUAAGAAGUAAUAUUUAGUUUCUGGUUGCUUUAUGUUGGGAUUUUUGCUCUUGUAUGUUUAGUUGUUUUAAUGAAAGGCCAGUUGAGGAUAUUUGGAGUGAUUGGUGUGUUUAUGCCCGGGCUGCAGCGCGCUGAGGGUCGGCAGUGAGCGGGUUACCUCAGGCAGCAGUGAUGAUGCUCGGCUUGGUGCUGGAGUUCGUGCUCGUGCUCAUGAAGGUCAUGUGGGCGGUCGCGCUCGCGGCGCUGCGCUGGGUCGCGCGCCCCCGUGAGAAGAGCGUCGCGGGCCAGGUGUGCGUGAUCACGGGCGCGGGCGGCCAGCUGGGCCGCCUGUUCGCGCUGGAGUUCGCGCGCCGCCGCGCCGUUCUCGUGCUGUGGGACAUAAACAGCCAGAGCAACGAGGAGACCGCAGAGCUCGUGAGGCAGAUUUACCGGGAACAGGAGACGCACGUGGACAGAGAGGGUGGUGUGGAGGAGGUGCAGCCGUUCAAGCCGCAAGUGUAUACAUACGUGUGUGACGUGGGGAAGCGCGAGAGCGUGUACUCAACGGCAGAGCGUGUGAGACGUGAGGUGGGCGACGUGGACCUGCUGAUCAACAAUGCGGGUGUGGUCUCUGGACAGCACCUCCUGGAGUGUCCAGACGAGCUCAUCGAGAGGACCAUGGUGGUCAACUGCCAUGCUCACUUCUGGACCACCAAGGCUUUUCUUCCCAGGAUGUUGGAGAUGAAUCACGGCCACAUCGUGACGGUCGCCAGCUCGCUGGGCCUCUUCAGCACGGCAGGGGUCGAGGAUUACUGCGCGAGCAAGUUCGGAGCCAUCGGCUUCCACGAGUCACUCAGCCACGAGAUCAAGGCUUCAGAGAAAGACGGCAUCAAGAUGACACUGGUGUGUCCAUAUCUGGUGGACACGGGCAUGUUCAGGGGCUGCAGGAUACGUAAAGAGAUCGAGCCAUUCCUGCCCCCACUGAAGCCCGAGUUCUGUGUGAAGCAGGCGAUGAAGGCUAUCCUGACCGACCAGCCCAUGAUCUGUACACCACGCAUCGUCUACAUGGUCAACUUCAUGAAAAGCAUCUUGCCGUUCGAGGCCAUUGUGUGUAUGUACCGGUUCCUGGGCGCUGACAAGUGCAUGUAUCCGUUCCUGGCUCAAAGGAAAGAGGCCAUGAACAACAACGAGGCAAAAAACGGGAUCUAAACAACCGGCUUCAUGAAACGACGAGAGGAUACAACCACUGAGAGAAAGAGAGACUAAGUUUAGACUGGUGCACUUGCAUUGAGCAGAUGCAAACGUUUACCAUAUUGUUCCUCUGGAACUAAGAGCGCUGUGGGCUACGUUGAGGAUUUCCUCUUUGUGUUUGUCUUUCAUUUAGUUCGUUUAAAAGAAAAGCGAGCUUCUAUAUACUGCGUCAAUAGGUCUGAAAUCAUACGUGAGGUAUUCAGUAAUUAUUUACAUCAUGUAGUCACCAGCAUUAUCUAGCAUCUUUGCGAAAUAUACAGUAUGUUACUGUACGGGCAGUAAGAAACCCCCUUUGUCACUUUGUGUUUUGUAGACAUGCACUGUAAUUACGUAAUUUCUCUACACUGCCAUUAUUGGUGUGAUUAGCCAAAACUGCUGCACCACCUCGAUUCCCGGAGCAACGCUUCAUCUCUUGGAUGCAUGGAUUAAAGUCAGACGCACACAGCUGAGGCCUUUGGGGCAGUCUGAACGUAUUGGCCCUUUAGCGUCCUUCACAAUAGCACAGACUGUAAUUUGUUACUUUGUGGCUGCUGAUGCAAAUCCUCCUGUAUAUAUAUAUAUAUAUAUAUAUAUAUAAAAAAUGUGUGUUAUUUUAUUUUUGUCCUCACAAAAUAUUCAAACAGCAGCAGACUCCUCUUCCAAAGUCAUCCUUCAGUAACAUGACAAUGUAGAGGCUGUGAAAAUACAGUUCAGUCAUUGAAAUGUUUCUAAAGCUGGCUGUUAACGUUCUUAUAGCAAGAAUUAAUGCUAACAGCGAGGGCAUUAAUGUUAUCACCAGCAGUGCUAAUCAGAAAUCAAUAAUGUUAACGUCACUGAUGUCAUUUAUGUUAUGGUCAUUGCUGGAAAUUCAUUCUGAAGCGAGACUUAAACGUGUCAUAAAAUUAACUGUAGGUCAAAUGUCAUUUAUACAGCAAGCUCCAACUUGAUUAUGGAAAACAAAAACAGAACGCAGCUUGAUCUUUUUUUUUUUUUUAAAUCAGUAUAUAUUUUUAAUCACUGAAAAUGCAAAAUAAUCAGAACACGGACUGAAACGAGUGUCUACGUGAUCGUUUCAUCUGUACUGAAUGAAAUGUGUCUAAACAUUGGUUUGUAAAUGUAUUCUACAUCAUAUAUUUCCACUUUAAACAAAUGUGACUCAUAAUUUGAUAAUUGGGCCUCGGAUACUCUGUAUACGAAAAUAAUCAUCGGUGGAUUUGAUGCACGUUCCAGUAGGUGCCGUUUGUUCACAGUGACGAGCCUGAAGUCGCUACCUCUUCAUGUUUGCCGUUUGUUGACAGUAUGACAUUUCUUUGAUGCCUCUUUUUGUAACUUUCAUAAGGAGCUGCACCCCGUGCGGAUCCAAUGUUUAGUGUCUCUGCCUAACUUAAAUUAAUAAACUGAUUUAGAUUGUG